GAGCCGCCACCCAGGGCAGGGGCGGGACCCGGCAGGAGACGUUGGCGCCCUUCCUGGGCAUCCCUCUUCCUCUUCCUAUAACUGGACCAACGUGGGAAGAGGCGCUGCGGGAUUCCAGCCGCUGUAUGAGCGUCCCAGAUAGAUGGCAGGCAAAAAGCGGGAAAUCCAGUUACAGACAGUCAUCAACAGCCAGAGCCUGUGGGAUGAGAUGUUGCUGAACAAAGGCCUAACAGUGAUUGAUGUGUACCAAGCUUGGUGUGGACCUUGCAAAGCAAUGCAAACUCUAUUCAGAAAACUGAAAAAUGAACUGAACGAAGAUGAAAUUCUACAUUUUGUUGUCGCAGAGGCUGACAACAUUGUGUCUUUGCAGUCAUUUAGAGAUAAAUGCGAACCUGUUUUUCUCUUCAGUCUUAAUGGCAAAAUUAUUUCAAAGGUUACGGGUGCAAAUGCACCACUUGUUAAUAAAAAAGUUAUUAACUUGAUUGAAGAGGAGAAAAAAAUUGCAGCAGGUGAAAUGGUUCGUCCUCAGUAUCAUGAAAUCGUUUUUGUAGACUCAGAUGCAGAAGAUGCAGGGGAAGUACAAGAUGAAAGUGCUGAGGAUUUAUACAGUAUUGCUAUUAUCAAACCAGAUGCUGUGAUUAGUAAAAAAGCUCUAGAAAUUAAAGAAAACGUUACGAAGGCAGGAUUUGUCAUAGAAGCAGAGAAAAAGAAAGUGCUCACUGAAGAGCAAGUUAGGGACUUCUAUAGUCAAUUGGCAGACCAGCCUGACUUUGAAGAUUUUGUCUCUUUUAUGACAAGUGGCCAAAGCUAUAUUCUAGUUGUCUCUCAAGGAAAAAAAGAGACUCCCAAAGAAGAACCUGAAACAGAGGCUGAACCUGAUGAGCUGUCUGAGGACCAACCUGAGGUCAAAGUCAAGGCCACAUCUGCAGGGAUGAAGGAGAAGCGGAACAGUUUACAAGAAUAUCUGGAAAGACAACAUAUAUCUCAAUUUUGUGAUGUUGAAGAGAAUGCAACUAACGUUAAUAAAUUCAUUGAUGUCUUCUUCCCUGAGUUUAAAAAGAUGAAAAGCAUGAAAUUACAAAAGACACUGGCAUUAAUUAGACCAGAUCUCUGUAAAGGAAAUAAAGAGGAUGUUUUAAAGGUUAUUCAAGAUGAAGGCUUUAAAAUACUGAUGCAACAACAAAUAGUAUUAUCAGAAGAAGAAGCAAAAACGCUUUGCCAGGAAUAUGAAAAGGAUGACUAUUUUGAGCAAAUUAUACAGAACAUGACCAGCAAUCCAUCGCUAGUUCUUGUUCUAUUAGGAGACAAUGGUGUGAGCCGCUGGAAACAAUUACUGGGACCAAACUACGUUGAACAUGCCAAAAAAUAUUUUCCAGAGAGUUUAUGUGCACGGUUUGCAAUGGAAGAGUCACCUAUCAAUCAGUUGUAUGGAAGUGAUUCUCUGGAAACUGCCGAAAAGGAAAUACAGUAUUUCUUUCCUCCUCAAAACACUUUAGCAGUGAUAAAGCCUCAUGUUACUAAUGAGUAUAAAGAGAAGAUCUUGAAGUGUAUUGAUGAUGCUGGAUUUCAAGUGACACAGAUGAAGGAAAUGAUCCUAACUCAAGAAAUGGCAGAAAGAAUUUAUAGAAAUAUAAAAGGAAAAGACUUUUAUAAUGAUUUAUUGGAAAUGAUAUCUGAGGGUCCAUCUGUGGUCAUGGUCCUGACCAAGUGGAAUGCUGUUACAGAAUGGAGGAGAUUGAUGGGCCCAACAGAUCCAGAAGAAGCAAGACUACUGUCCCCAGACUCCCUCCGAGCCCGUUUUGGAACAAAUAUUUUGAACAAUGCACUCCAUGGAGCAUCAAAUCUCUAUCAAGCAGAGGAUACUAUUGCAAAAUUAUUUGGAGAGCCUGAUCCUGAGAAUCCUGAGGAAAACUCAUACCUUUGAGAAGAUAAUGCAUAAAUUCACAUCCACAUGUAAUUAUGUGGCACAGCUUGCUGGGAGGAAUGAUGAAAGAGACAUUCUUUGGAGGAAAACUCAAUGGCACCUCAAGUUAAAAACUCACCUCAAGGUGAAAAACACAUGAUUAUGCAUAAUAACAAUA